AGAAAGUAAGGUAUCCUAACCGGAGCAAGUGAAUGAUCUUUUGCAGCUCAAAGUGUGUAUGACACGGCUAACAGCUCUCGUCAUUUCAGAUUCUCCAUCUCUAGUUAGGUUUCUCAGUCUCACUUGCAUUUUCUUGAAAUUUCCCGAGAAGCAAACAGAAAAGAGCUGAAGGGACAGUCAGACAGACAGCGUAAGAGCAAAGCUUUGCUAUUCUCAAAACCCUAGACCCGAUCCAUGACAAGGAGCAGAACCAUCAUCAUCGUCAUCGGCCAAACUGUUUUGAAACAUUGACAAAAAGACAAGGACUGAAAUCUUUGUGAAUCGAAAGUUCAGAACCUUAAAAAAGCUUUAGUUUAGUGUUUGUUAGAUGGAGAGAUCUAGAUCCAAGAGGAACUAUUACUACGACCAAGACUAUGAUGGAGAGAACAUGGGUAGAACAAAACCUCGGUACAACAACCAUCACUACCUACCCAACAGUCACCGCCACCGUGGCAACAAUCCCAACAACAACAACGGCAACAACGGUCGACCGUCGAAUAAAGGCGGUAGCGGAGGCGGAGGAGGACAAGACUCUUCCCUUAUGGUAACCACGAGCUACCGCAUUCUCUGCCACGACAUGAAAGCCGGGGGCGUAAUCGGCAAAUCCGGUAGCAUUAUCAAGUCCAUAAGGCAACACACUGGCGCGUGGAUCAACGUUCACGAGCUGAUUCCCGGCGACGAAGAACGCAUCAUCGAAAUAUCCGACACGCGCCGCCGUGACCCUGAAGGGAGAAUGCCGUCGUUUUCGCCUGCUCAGGAGGCGUUGUUCCUUAUACAUGAGAGGAUUCUGGAGAGUGAUUCGCAGUUUGGGUUUGGCGGUGGCGGAGGAGAGGAGGAGGAGGAUUACGGAGGGGUGGUGAGAGGAGGAGGGAAUAGGGUGGCGACGAGGUUGGUGGUUUCGAGGAUGCAUGUGGGAUGUUUAUUGGGGAAAGGAGGGAAGAUUAUUGAGCAAAUGAGAAUUGAAACAAAGACUCAGAUUAGGAUUCUACCUAGAGACCAUACGCUGCCCCGUUGCGUUUCCAUGUCUGAGGAGAUUGUUCAGGUUGUGGGGGAUGUAAAUGCAGUUAAAAAUGCUAUAGCAAUUAUUUCAUCACGCUUAAGGGAGAGUCAGCAUCGUGACCGCAGUCAUUUCCAUGGGCGAAUGCAUUCACCAGAGCGAUUUUUCCCUGAUGAUGAUUAUAUUCCACACAUAAACAAUGCAUCACGUCGUUCAUCUAUGGAUGGGUUGACUUUUGGUUCACGGGUGCCUGCUACAAAUUACAGAGGCAAUAAUUAUUCCUCACGUCCAUCUGGCUUCAUUGAAGCUGGGACUGCUCCUGUGUCUGACAGUGGACAGCCUCUUUAUGGUGAUGAUCUUGUAUUCCGUAUACUUUGUCCAAUUGACAAGGUUGAUAGUGUUUUUGGAGAGCCAGAUGGCAUAGUAGAUUUACUCCAAAAUGAAAUUGGUGUGGAUGUCAAGGUUGCUGAUCCUGUGACAGGGUCAGAUGAGCAGAUAAUUACCAUUUCUUCUGAGGAGGGUCCUGACGAUGAGUUGUUUCCAGCUCAGGAGGCUUUAUUGCACAUCCAAACUCAGAUUGCUGACCUUGUUCCUGAUAAAGAUAACAUUAUAACUACUAGGUUAAUUGUUCCAUCGAGUGAAAUCGGAUGCUUAGAGGGAAGAGAUGGGUCAUUAUCUGAAAUGAAAAGAUUAACUGGUGCAAACAUACUGAUCUUGUCGGGAGAAGAACUUCCUUCUUGUGUAUCAGGACCUGAUGAGAUUGUACAGAUUGUUGGGGAGAUAAAGGCAGCUCGAGAUGCUCUUGUUGAGGUCACAUCACGACUACGAAGUUAUUUAUAUCGGGAAUUCUCUCAGAAGGAUACUCCUUCAGCUAUCUCUGCAACAGCGUCUCUUGGGAAUGUUUCAGCACUGGAGAAUGCUUCUCCAAACUUAACUCCUGUGCGUGAUGGUCAAACUGUCAGUGAUCCUCCUACUGGAACCUAUCAGAAUGUGCUAACUAUGGCAAUGCCACCGUCAUCAAAGGAAGUUGUGAACUCUAGUGCUGAAACAAUGAAGCAGACUGAAAGUGAACGCCGUGAAGAUAUACCAAGUACAAUUAGCAGAAUCCCUGUACCACUUGUUACGAGGAGUACACUUGAAGUUGUCAUACCAGAGCAUGCAGUUCCCAAGCUCAUAACAAAAUCUAAAAACAAACUGGCACAGAUCAGUGAGCUGUCUGGUGCCAAUGUAACUCUGGUACAAGAUAAACCAGACGACGCUCAAAAGAUCAUUCAAAUAUCAGGCACUCCAGAGCAGUCUGAGAGAGCCCAGAGCUUGCUUCAAGGCUUUAUAUUAAGCACGCAAGAAGAUGGACCUUAAGCUACUGCUGCUAGUAAUUGGGGCUAGAACUCAGAGCUGUCUGUAUGGGGACAAUGCCAUUAAGAUUUUCCCUGUUAUUUAGGCACAAAACGAUUUGUAUGUCUUUUACUUAGCCUCUGUUUUAGAUUGCUGAGUGUUGGAAGGGUGAGAGAGCUCCAUUGUAAAUGUAACUUGAGGAGCUCUUGGUCUAAGUUUUUCCUGCAAUACUUCAAUUUUCCUGAAUGAAGAAAGACCGCAGUUGAUUUGUUGUUCA